GUAUCGAAACAGUCUCUUGUCACUCUUCGACCGGCCAGAAGGAUACCCAAACUAUACGCCAACAUCCUUGCACGCCUGCUUGGUUAUUAUCGCUUCACAACCUAUCCGACGGCUCCCUAUCACAUUAGCGCCGUCAUGGGAUCCCAUGGUGCAUCGUCUUACCGGAAUGGUUCGAGGACUGGUGGCAGUUCCAGUUCCACUAACAGUGAUGUCUCGGAACGCUCGAAAAGCACGGCCCCUACGAUCUACAGCGAUCGACCCACUCCCCUUCACAGAGGAGGUAUAGACAUGGACAUUUACGAUGAAGAAGAUCCUAAAGCCUCGGUGUCGACCUACGCCUCUACCAUCCCGUCGGAAGAUGAUCCCCCAGAGACCCCGCGCUACGAAGUAAUCGACCGUCAGCUGGACGUAUUCUCAACAGAUGUUGUCCCUUCCGACCCGUCGACUUUUGGGCAGCUAUUCCCUUCCUCUCGACGACUCCUGAUUCGACACGACGAUGCGACACUUGAUGGAAACAUGAACCUCCGCGUCGACACGAUGGUGCCGCAAAGAGGUGGAUAUCAGCAAGAUGUAACUUUGUUCCAUCUUCGCAUGUAUGACCUGUUUACGCGAAAGUGCUCUUUCCGACGCUACUGUCGAGACUCUGGGCGGGAAGUGUGCCACUCAGAACGACGGCCUGUCGCAUCGAGCUCGGACAGGCAUCCGGUGUUUCGACGGUCGUGGGGUAGUGUGCUGGCUAGCUUGCGGCCGGGUUCAAGUGGCCACGGAUCACUGCCUAGCCACGAGCAUAAGCGCCAGGACUCGGGCUAUAGGUCGGCGGAAGAUGAUGAAGAAUAUUUUGAGGACAAGCAUUCAGAACACAGAGGUGGCGGGGAUCGCCAUUUUGUGCUAACCGAUAGCACUUUACUGGAAUUUUCAAAUUAUGCUCACGUAGAGCUGAGGCGCCGAGGUGCAGGUCUUUCCAAACGAUAUGAAUUUGAGUACUGGUCGACCCGGUACCAAUGGAGACGCGAGUGUCGGAAAGAUGGAGACUUGCGCGAAGUCUCCUAUCACCUGGUUAACACACGCACGUCCAAGACCGUCGCUCAUAUCGUCCCAGAGAUCCUGACCCCGAUGGAGGCAGCUGAGGAGGAGAAAAAGGGAGGAUGGGUUCCACCAUCAUCCAUGUGGAUCAGUGACCCGUCAGUGUAUGAGAAGAUGCCCGACGUCGCCGAUGUGUUUGUUGCCACAGGCCUAAUAUCUUUUGUUGACGAUUGCAUUCGCCGCCGAUGGCACACGAAGAGACCGUCCCAAUUCAUCCAGCCGAUGCGAUCAACCCUCUCGAAGAGUAUUGAACUCAUGGGUCCCCGGCGAUUUCUCGAUGAGGUGUUCCACCGACGAGGGUCCGCAUAAAGAAUGAUAGGCUAUCGA